AUGGAACAAUAUUUACGACAACGUAUUGAUUGUCCACCACCAGGUGGUACACGUACAUUAAUCGAAGAAAAAGAUAGUAUUAUUAAAAAACAACAAGAUGAAUUAAGUAAAUUACAAGCUCAAUUAAAAACAAUACAAGCUGAACGUGAUUAUUUACUUUCAUUACUUUCUACUGAACAACAAUUAAAUAUCAAUAAUAAUAAUAAAAUACUUCAACAUUCUACAUCAAAAAUGACAAAUCACAUUGAUAUUCGAUCGUCAACAUCAUCAUCAUCAUCAUCAUCUUCAACAACUACAACAACAAAUUGUCCAACAAAUACUUAUGAACUUUCACAAGAUCUUCAUGAUAAACAAAUUGAAAUGUUGGAAAGAAAAUAUGGCGGUAGCUUACGAUGUCGUCGUGCAGCUACAGUCAUACAACGUGCUUAUAGACAAUAUAAAUUAGAACAAAAUUUUCGUCAUUUAUGUGCUACAAUAAAAACUAAUAAACGUUUAUCAUGUACAUUUAUCGAUAAUAAUAAUACUAAUAAUCAUCAUCAUCAAAUACAAACAAUAAAACCUUUAAAACCAUGUAUAAGAACAACAAUUAGACCUUCGUUACCAACAAAUUCUGAAGAUUUACUAAAUAGUUCAACUAGUUCCUCAUCAUCAUCACAUACACCAACAAAUUCUGAUUCUAUAUCAUUAAAUUUUACUGAUCGUCAUCUUGAUUUGCCAUCGAUUAAUUUUGAACAUUUUAUUGAAACAACAAAACAACAACAGAAUAAAAAUCGUAAACGUGUUUGUAUUGUUACCGAUAAACCUACAAAUAAAAAUUUAUCGGAUCAAAUUGAUAAUUUAAGUGAUUUUGUUGAUGGUCAUUUAAAUAAACCACUUGUACUUAUUGAAUCAAAUAAUAAAAAUUUAAUAAAUACAAAUGGAUAUAAUGGUUUAUUAAAACCUCAAUCACCUUCACCAACACAUGAUUCAAAUUUUUAUAAAAAUCUAACUGAUUCACCAAUUCAUCUUAGAAAAAUUUCUUCACAAAAACCAACACCACCGCUUCGAAGCUUAUCAUUGAAACCUCGUACAACAUUAGUUCAAACAGCAAAUCCUCUAUCAUCACCAAUAUGGCGAAGAAAAACUUCUUUAACAAUUACAACACAUGAUAAUGAUUAUAAUGAUUUUACUCUUGAAAGUCCAAAUCGUUCAAUAAUACAACGUUUAAGUCCAUCAUCAACGACAAGUUCAGAUCGUGAUAAUAUGAGUUUACAAUCAACAAGUAGUGGUUCAAAUUCAUGUUCAUUAUCAAAUAGUGUUGAUUUACAUCAACAACAACCAUUACUUAUUCAACAUCAACCUGUUUUACAUGGACAUGAACGUACAUCGAAUAUAAGAAUCAAUGAAAUAUAUCGUAGACGUUGCUAUCGAGCUGGAUUAAAUAUAUUUAAUAAAAAACCUGAACGUGGUAUUCGUUAUUUAAUUGCUCAUCGUUUUCUUGAAGCCAAUGCUCAAGCUGUAGCACGUUUUUUACUAUCACGUAAAGGUUUAAGUCGACAAAUGAUUGGUGAAUAUCUUGGUAAUCUACAAGAUUCAUUUGCUAUGCAAGUGUUACAUGCAUUUGUUAAUGAAUUUGAUUUUCAUGAUAUGCCUAUUGAUGUCGCAUUGAGAAAAUUUCAAUCAUCAUUUCGAUUACCAGGUGAAGCACAAAAAAUUGAACAAUUGAUGAAGGUAUUUGGACAACGUUAUUGUGCAACAAAUCCAUCAUCAUCACCGUCAAAUGUUGAUACGAUUUUUAUAUUAGCUUUUGCAAUUAUUAUGUUAAAUACUGAUCUUCAUAGUCGAAAUAUCAAAACGGAGAAAAAAAUGCGUGUAGAACAAUUUAUUAAAAAUCUUCGUGCAAUCGAUGAUGGUGAAGAUCUUGAUGUAAAUUAUUUAAGUGAAAUCUAUGAACGUAUACGUGCUGAAGAAUUUCGUCCAGAUAAUGAUCAUGUAACACAAGUUGCUAAAUUUGAACAAACACUUAUUGGUAAAAAACCCAUCUUAAUUGCGCCACAUCGUCGACUUGUUUGUUAUUGUCGUUUAUAUGAAAUCUUUGAUUUAUCAAAACGUGAUAGACUUACAGCACAUCAACGUGAAGUAUUUCUAUUCAAUGAUUUACUCGUUAUUACAAAAAUUUCCGGUAAAAAACGUCAACAAUUACAAUAUCAAUUUCGACAAGCAUUUCGUUUAUCUGGAAUGAAUUUAUAUUUAUUUGAAACGACAUAUUAUCAAUAUGGUAUUCGUCUUGUACGUAAACCAGAUAUAAAUCAAACAAAUUUAAUAACAUUUAAUGCAAGAAAUGAACAUGAUAGAACAAAAUUUUGUGAAGAUUUAAAAGAAGCAAUUAUGGAAAUGGAUGAAAUGGAAGGAUUACGUAUACAGUCUGAACUUGAUAAAUUACGUGGCUCAUGGAGUUCACUUGCUGAUAUACCAAAUAACAAUAAUAAUAAUAAUAAUAAUGGAGUUGUUUCAUCCUUAAUUGAUUAUCCAACAAAUAAACGUGAUAGACCAUUAUCAAGAACAUUAUCAAAUUCAUUACUUGAUAUGACAUUAACCAUGGGUAUUCCACCAACAUUUAAUCAUCAUACAACAAUAAAUAAUACAUCGGAUAUUUUACCAUAUCGAAAUUCUCAAUGUUCAGUUGAUAGUGGAAUGGUAAUUGAAAUACAAAAGGAAAAUUUAUUUAAUAAAUAG